GACUCGCGCAAAUGAGUUGUGACUAACAUUUUAGACUCGCUUAGUUAGACAUUAACCACGUGUAUUUUUAUUGAAUUCGCCCGUGAGUAUGAAUAUUCAUAGAAGAGCCGUGUUGAACGUUAUUUUAUCCUCGUUUUAUACAUUUUUUUCCGCGACAAUAUACCUGACAACGCGCUUAAGGACACACACAUAAAGUUUAAUCAAGAUCGCCAAUAAGUACGUAUCAACUUCUGCGUGCAUCUCUACCGUUUGUGCUCAGGUAAACGAAAACCAGCAAAACCAAAUUUGACCAAUCACUUUGCAGACAAUGAAGGGCUUGAAUAUAAACAAAAAACUAAUACUGAUGAAAGCAUGUUUUUUUAUUUUUGAUUUCGCAACUGCGCCGAUCAAUCCGUUCUUGCCGACAAUAGCCAAUCAACGAGGCGUACCAGUGUUCAUAGUAGGAUUAUUUUUCACCUUUUUGCCCAUCCUAAACGUCUUGGCGAGACCUUUCGCCGGUUACAUCACAGACCGAUGGCAAUGUCGCAAAGCCGUGCUUUUGAGCGCCAGUUUGAUAAACGCUUUGCUGACUCCCACUCUGCAUUUCAUUCCUGCCCUGACGGACCAACAAAAGGCGGAUAACGUGGACGUGGUAACAACAUGGGGAUUUUGGCUCUUCCUACUGGUCGUAACGGUCAGGACGGUACUGUGGAUGGUCGGUGACGUUCUACAGGACACUAUUUGUAUUGAAAUCCUAGGCAAAGAUAAGAGUAAAUAUGGCGGACAGCGGAUAUACGGCGCCAUAGGCUACGGUCUGAGCUCUGUGUUUGUUGGAUGGUGUGUUGACACUUACAGCAGAAAUCUAAAAGAAAAAAGUUUUCUACCGGCUUACAUGAUUUCCACAUGUGCACUGAUUAUCCAUAUUUCCAUCGCUUCCAAAUUAGAAAGUAAACAAAACAGCAGUUCAAAGAAUGUCGCCAAAGCGGUCGGCGAAGUUUUGUCCGACGUCAAAGUCGCGUCCUUCCUCGUGUGGGCGACCAUGAGCGGUGUAUUUACGGCUUUCAUUUGGUUUUACUUAUAUUUGUAUCUUGAAGAUUUGGCGGAAUUUUACCAUCCGGAACGUAAACCUUGGAUAAAGACUAUCGAAGGGUUUUCGUUUACAGUUCAGUGCUGCAUUGGUGAACUACCUGUUUAUAUUAUGUCAGAUAUUAUAUUGAGAAAAAUUGGUCACAUGGCAGCUUUUUCGGUAUCCUUUGCAAUGUUCUCUGUUCGAUUUUUCUUGUACUCGAUAAUUAACGAUCCGCUUUGGGUAUUACCAGUUGAACUGCUCAAUGGUGUGUCGUUCGCCAUGUCCUUUUUAUCUGGGGUUUCGUACGCCGCUAAAGUAGCACCGCCUGGAGGAGAAGGCACUCUACAAGGGCUGUACGGUAUGGCGUUCCAAGGACUGGGAAUAUCGUUGGGUUGUUUUGUGGCUGGUUACACGUUCGAUACAAUGGGAAGUUCCAAUUCGUAUAGGUUAAUGAGUUACGUUGCUUUUAUUGCGUUCAUUACGCAAGUAAUUGUUAACCAAAUCAUUCAAAGGAGGAGAACAAAAAAACAAUUAGGUACAUGAAAAUGUAGAACCUUGACAAUGCUAACAUGUAUUACUGUUUUUUUAGAAUAUCCAAUUUAGGAUAGCACAUACGUUACAAUAAAAAACAGAGCUGAAUUAGUCUGUGAGCUAAUAGUAUUUACUCUGUGAGUAGCGCGUUUUAAACGUUUAUUUAUUAUUUUUGUUUAACUUAAAGUGUUCUUUUCGUUGAACUAUAAUGAAUAAGCUCAUAGUGGGAACUACCACUAUUUAUUUUAAUUUAUAAUUGUAAUUGUAGUUCAUUAUAUGUUAUCUAUAUUAUUUGUUCCUAAAAAUAUAUAAAUAGUAGACAAAUGAAAUAUAUCAGUUAAAUCGUCGAAUUAAAUCUAAUUGUAUAAUUUGAAUUUCAAUAUUUCAUUCUAAACCAAAAAGAAGGUAGAAUUAUUUUAAAAACAUCAUAUUAAAAAGUUUUUAGGCAAAUUGUUAAAGAAUACGAAUGUACACAAGCACAAUAAUUUAUAUAAUGUUACAAUAAAAUGUAUUAAUUGUAACAAAAAAAUACUUAAUGCACAUAAUAUUGUAAAUAUUUUUCGAAAAAAGGCGUUGCGCCGUUAAUUUAUAUAGAAAAAUUUUAGUAUAAAAAAUGUAAACAAUAAAUUACUCAUUAAAUAAGAAAAUUCUACUAUGUAUGUAGUUCAAUUUUGAAAAUAAAUUCAUCUGUUACUUUUGUUAUUUGUUUUGGAUAAGCAUGACGCCGAUUAAAAAACUAGAAAGACUAAACAAUAAAUAACGAUAAUUCUAAAUACGUCAUAGAAACAGAAAAUGUAUCAAAUUAAGACAUAACUCUUUUUGCUCUAGCUACACAAAAUUUAGAAUAAUAGAAUUUCAAAAAAAAUAUGCUCAUUACUUUAAAACAUAAAAAAAACAUCUUUUUAUAGUUUAUAUUUGAUAGUGUGGUCUAAUUAAAUAUUUUAUUUACAUUACAAAGUUAAGCAUUACUCAAACAAUUUUUUUGUCUAGAUGAAG